CACACACAGACACAAUAAAGAAGCCGGUCGGUCGCCUGGAGCUUGGCGGCGCAAAAGCUGUUCACUGGAGCUGCCCCUUCACUGGCGGACUUUUACGGAAUCUCCCAGGAAAAAACGUGGGGUUUGUUUUGGCAUGCAGCGGCAUGCGCAGUUUUUUUCUACAAGAACCGGCUUUUAUAUUUGUUUCAGCGUUCUCUCUGGAUUUAUACGCAUCUAUUGAACGCCUUCGUAUAGGAGGAUAAGGUGACCACAAGGGACUAAGCCUGAGCGCGUUGGAGAGUUGGUACUGUUUCCCAAGGCGAGGUUUUUAAAGGAAUAAUAUUGCAAAAGUGGUCGACUGCGUUUUGGAGUGAGCAUGCAGCGGAUGAUGGUGUCGCUCACUCGGGCAGUCCUCCUGCUCCUGUCCGGUCUACUCGCUGCGCCGUGCGAGGUGCGCGGCUUCGGCGAUGAAGUGGAGGAGAUCACCUGCGACCCCAUCCGGAUCAGCAUGUGCCAGGGCUUGGGAUACAACGUCACGAAAAUGCCCAAUCACGUCGGUAACGUGCUCCAGUCUGACGCAGAAUUGCAGCUGAACACUUUCACCCCUCUCAUACAGUACGGCUGCUCCAGCCAGCUCAAGUUCUUCCUGUGCUCGGUCUAUGUGCCAAUGUGCACGGACAAAGUGCCAAUUCCUAUCGGACCAUGUGGCAGCAUGUGUUUAUCUGUCAAGAGAAAAUGCGAGCCAGUGCUUCAGGAGUUUGGUUUCAAGUGGCCCGAUCAGGCGCUCAACUGCAGCCAAUUCCCGCCUCAGAAUGACCACAAUCACAUGUGCAUGGAGGGCCCAGCGGAUGAUGAUCCGCCAUAUUACCGCCAUCCUCCGCACCAGGAGAAGUGCCAGGCCUUGGGAUCUGCGGCCGACCAGUACACCUGGCUGAAGCAGACAGACAGCUGUGCACUCCAGUGUGGCUACGACAGCGGGCUCUACAGGCGUGGGGCCAAAGUGUUCACGGAUGCCUGGAUGGCAGUUUGGGCUGUGUUGUGCUUUCUGUCCACCACUUUAACAGUCCUGACCUUUCUGUUGGAUUCCCAACGAUUCUCCUACCCUGAGAGGCCCAUCAUCUUCCUGUCCAUGUGCUGCAAUUUGUACAGUGUUGCAUACCUGGUCCGGUUGACUCUGGGUCGGGAACGUGUGUCAUGUGACCUGGAUGCCACCGAAGUUCCUAUUCUAGUGCAGGAAGGACUAAAGAGCACCGGCUGUGCCAUCGUCUUCCUCCUGCUCUACUUCUUUGGCAUGGCCUCCUCUCUUUGGUGGGUGAUCCUGACCCUGACGUGGUUCUUGGCUGCGGGAUUAAAAUGGGGCCAUGAGGCUAUUGAAAUGCACAGCUCCUACUUCCACAUAGCGGCUUGGGCCAUCCCAGCUGUUAAAACUAUUGUCAUUCUCAUAAUGAGAUUGGUGGAUGCUGACGAUCUGACUGGGCUAUGCUAUGUAGGCAACCUCCAGCAGGAGGCGCUCACGGGCUUUGUAGUGGCACCGCUAGCAACCUACCUUCUUAUAGGCACCCUAUUCAUCUGUGCUGGCCUCGUCGCACUUUUCAAGAUCCGCUCCAAUUUGCAGAAGGAUGGCGCCAAGACAGACAAGCUUGAGCGUUUAAUGGUGAAGAUCGGAGUUUUUUCCGUGCUUUACACAGUUCCUGCGUCCACUGUGAUUGGCUGUUACCUCUACCAACUUUCUCACUGGGGAGAUUUCAAAGCCACCACGCAAGACUCGUACGUUGCGUCAGAGAUGCUUCGAAUCUUCAUGUCGCUGCUGGUGGGCAUCACCUCGGGCAUGUGGAUCUGGUCAGCCAAGACCCUCCACACGUGGCAACGCUGCUCCACCCGCCUACUCAAGGACAGCAGAGUAGGUCGAGCGGGAAAGCGAGGACCGGGCAAGGGUUGGAUUAAACCGGGGACGGGCAACGAGACAGUGGUGUGAGGAAAAAGAAUGGACAAGACUGAACUUGGUUCUUUAUCUCACAGACACUCACCCUGACAAAAGGAGGAUGUACUACAAACCACUGGAUGUGAAAGGCGGUGAAAAAAGGGUGGACAUGUUCAAAAACUAGUAGCAAUGGUAGCCCCUUGAACUCUCUAAAGACCUUUUCGAACCCGGAGAGAUGGAAGAGAAACAACACAGACAAAGCAGGUAGCAUUGAAGCAUUACCGUGAAAAUUGGAAACAAAAUAAGCUUAGUAGUGCCACGUCUACCUCUGCCUCAAUUUUCUACUCAGCAGCAGGGACUGAACCUGCUGGGUACAAUAACCCCUCUACCUUAAAGGCCUGUGAAGGCCAUUGAUCACUCCAUGUCCAGAUGGUAUCCAGAUACAGCCUGAGGUUUCCCAAAGUGCCUCGUGUGUUUCUCUUUUAAAUGGAAUGGGAAAUGGAAAAGACAUACCAGACCAAGAGUUAGAAUCACGUGUCAAACAGCCGUACGUUCCUAUAAUGUAGUAGCAACGUUUUUUUGCUGACACUAUUUGAUCAAUGCAGAUGUUUGUAAAUUGGGGGGGCGGCAGCGGCUUCAACCUGUAAGAAUGCACUAUGAUGAAGAACAUGAAGUGAUUGUGCCUGCCACAAGUGCAUUAAUUUGAACAGCAGACUGGUGCAUGAAAAGUCAAAAGCACAGAAAUCCACUUGUUACUUGGAUGCUGCAAUAAUGACUCCAUCGAGCAUCAAUUAUUUGAAGACUUCAGUAAAUCAGGGAAAACUACUGUAUGUAAACAGAAUAACCAGUUGUCAUUGUUUUCUGGCCUUCUGUCUGAGAACUGUCAAGGAGGGCAACAAUAUCAAAUUAUAUUUUACUAAAUUGCGAAACCUGAAAUCUGAAGUUGCUUAUAGGAGCAAUUCACUUGGGAGAAGCUCGACCUCUUCGUCUAGAAGGCUCUGUUAUGUUUAUAGACCCUACUUUUUUUUCAAUUAUGUGUGCAGUCGCCUGGGAACCGGGGACUGUAUAUGCUCACAGGUUAAUGGGCAGUCCAGGAAAUUAAAGCUGCCCUUUCCAAACAUGAGCCAAAAUUCAAUGUUAUUGGACAAUCACUUGCAAAAGACUCAACAUUCAAUACUAAAUAGCAGUUGCAAAAACAUGCUCUCAUGCAACUAUCUUUUUAAACACAUAGAGAAGGAAUCAAAUCCACUCCCCAUAGAAUAUCUAUGACUGUAUAGUGAUCUCACUUCUGGGGAAAUAUCAGUUCCACUUUGACUUUUCACAGUCAAUGAAAUCAUCCAAGUUCCACAAAGAGAAACAUGUUCAAGUGACGUGUGUCUGGAGUGCAUUGUGGCUGGACAAUCAAACUACUCCCAGAAAUAAUAUCCUUCAAUGUAUUUAAGAAUCGGGAAAUCAUCAAUUCACAAGUAUCUCACUCACCAUGUCUUAGUGCGGCAUUCAUCAAUGUACACGUGUGUUUGCACGACAAUCGAACAAAGCGCUUGCGUUUCAGUGAGUCUUGGAAUGUAUUAUAUUUGUAAUGUGUGUCACAUUUAGUUCUCGUACAAGCCAGAGUCCAACGUUGGGAAUUCAACUGCACAAGGACUUAUGAUACAAGCAUUAAUGCAAUGUGAAAAUCAGAUAGUGCCUUGCUGUAAUACUGUCACAUGUAUUUUGAGGUCAAUCUACAGAGAUAGGCGAGGAUAUCAGUUUACAGACUUGGGUUGUGUCUCAGCCUACCAAGGGAAAUGAGACCUUGUUGUAGAUAUUUCUAAAUAUUGUGGUGAACCUGAGAAGCUUGGAGCAGCCACCAGUGGUCCCCAGCACAGCAUACCUUGGCGCGCUGAUUACAUUUCCAAAGUCAAACAAACAUUACGUUGAGCUAAAGUGAAUUAAGCAAAGCGCUGACCACCAUCCGCCUGAACUAAUGAAGUUUGCCUUUUCUAAUAACUUUGGCGGCCACCUCCUGUAUGACCGCACUAUGUCUCCCAUGUUUGAAACAGUUAGACAAUAGUUAAGUUACUUUGAAACAGGCCACGUUUUUUGAGAAAACAAAAUCCCCAGAUAGAAAUCAAUGUUGGGUUUAGUUCACCAUUGCUGGUUUUAGCCUUAAUAAUCUGGAGAGAAGAUCAGUGUAUUAUAGGAAAAUGAUAAUUUAUCCUUGUACAAAGUGACAGAAUUUUAAAAAGUUGUUUGUUAUUUAAAUGACAUUUUUGUAUAAGAUGAAUAAAAAGCUUUGGUUACUGAAA